UGCAUCUCUAUUCAUGUGGGCCAGGCCGGAGUCCAGAUUGGCAAUGCAUGCUGGGAGCUUUUCUGCCUGGAACACGGGAUCCAGCCAGACGGACAAAUGCCCAGUGACAAGACCAUUGGAGGUGCAGAUGACUCGAGCAACACCUUCUUCAGUGAGACUGGAGCUGGAAAACACGUCCCCAGAGCGGUGUUUGUUGACCUGGAGCCGACUGUCAUCAAUGAGGUGCGCACUGGGACCUACCGCCAGCUGUUCCACCCUGAGCAGCUGAUAACUGGGAAGGAGGAUGCUGCCAACAACUACGCCCGUGGACACUACACCAUCGGCAAAGAGAUCAUUGACCUGGUGAUGGACAGGAUCCGUAAACUGGCUGACCAGUGCACUGGUCUGCAGGGCUUCCUGGUUUUCCACAGCUUUGGAGGUGGCACUGGUUCUGGCUUCACCUCUCUGCUAAUGGAACGUCUCUCUGUCGACUAUGGGAAGAAGUCCAAGCUGGAGUUUGCAAUCUACCCAGCUCCCCAGGUGUCUACGGCUGUGGUGGAGCCCUACAACGCCAUCCUGACCACCCACACCACCCUGGAACAUUCAGACUGUGCCUUCAUGGUAGAUAAUGAGGCUAUCUAUGACAUCUGCCGCAGGAACCUCGAUAUCGAGCGUCCCACUUACAUAAAUCUGAACAGGUUGAUCAGUCAGAUUGUGUCCUCCAUCACCGCUUCCCUCCGCUUCGAUGGUGCCCUCAAUGUUGAUCUGACGGAGUUCCAGACCAACCUGGUGCCUUAUCCCCGUAUCCACUUCCCUAUGGCCACCUAUGCCCCUGUCAUAUCUGCUGAGAAGGCGUACCAUGAGCAAUUAACAGUGGCUGAGAUCACAAACGCCUGCUUCGAGCCGGCCAAUCAAAUGGUGAAAUGUGACCCUCGUCAUGGAAAGUACAUGGCCUGCUGCCUUUUGUAUCGUGGUGACGUGGUGCCCAAAGAUGUCAACUCAGCCAUCGCCACCAUCAAGACCAAGCGCACCAUCCAGUUUGUGGACUGGUGUCCCACUGGUUUCAAGGUUGGCAUCAACUACCAGCCCCCCACUGUGGUUCCUGGUGGAGACCUGGCCAAGGUCCAGAGGGCUGUGUGCAUGCUGAGCAACACCACUGCUAUUGCAGAGGCCUGGGCUCGGCUCGACCACAAGUUUGAUCUGAUGUACGCCAAGCGUGCCUUUGUUCACUGGUACGUGGGGGAGGGUAUGGAGGAGGGAGAGUUCUCUGAGGCCAGAGAGGACAUGGCAGCACUCGAGAAAGAUUACGAGGAGGUGGGACUUGACUCCACGGAGGGAGACGAGGAGGGAGAAGAAUACUAAAGUAACAUAGAGGCAUGCGUUCACAGGAGUUAAUUUAGAAUAAACAUUUAUGCUGUCAAAGAGCAUACUAUAGCUGAAAUGCAAAUAGCUGAAUGAUAAUAAAUAAGGAUUACACCUGUGGCAACUUUUCCUCGCCACAAGGGAGCAGCAGAAAUACGAUUACUUACAUAUUUUUGAUGAUGCUACAAAAGCUAGACGUAGCUGAGCUUGAAGGUGGUGUCCAGGCUGCAGGGAA